GCAGAAUGUGGGUAGGUAAACAUUGUGCUUAGGACUCACAUUCUUGUGUUUUUUGUCUAUCCUUAAUACCGUUUCAACUGUUUUGAAACCUGGUACUAGGUUGUAAAGAUGAGUUAUCUUGGUGUGGGCGUGAGUCCGGGCAACGUUCCUGUCUACCAUGGAAGCAAUUUGAAGGCGGUUGAUAGGAGAGUAAGAGUUGCAGAACUGGUUUUGAGGGGUUUCAUCUCUGGUUUGGCUAUUCUUUCUGCUCUUCUCAUUGGAACUGACACUCAGGUUAAGGAAAUUUUCUCUAUUCAGAAAAAGGCAAAGUUCACAGACAUGAAAGCUCUUGUAUUCUUGGUAAUAGCCAAUGGAUUAGCUGCAGCCUACUCACUGGUUCAACUUUUGAGGUGUAUUCUAAGUAUGAUCAGAGGAAGUGUGCUGUUCAACAAGCCCUUGGCUUGGGCCAUCUUCUCAGGUGAUCAGGUAAUGGCCUACUUGAUGUUGGCUGCAGUGGCAGCUGCUGCACAGUCGGCAGCGUUAGCCAAGUUGGGGCAGCCGGAGCUGCAAUGGAUGAAGAUUUGCGACAUGUAUGCAAAAUUCUGCAACCAAGUUGGUGAAGGCAUAGCCAGUGCACUGUUUGUGAGCCUUUCAUUUGUCGUCGUCUCAGCUAUUUCAGCCUUCAGUCUCUUCCGUUUGUAUGGAGAGAACAAGCGAAAGAACAGUGGAAGAUGGUAAUAAGAACUAGGUCUGAUAUAUGAUGUAAUCACAUCUUCUUGGCUUGUGUCUUGAGGUGUGUUACUGGUCCGUUGCAUGUGAAAGAUGGUACAAUAAAGGAUUGUUAAGUAUCAUUAGUUUUGUGAAGUUUGAUGAAUGUGUUGGUGAACGAUGGAAGAUGUGCAAGAAAAUCAACAGCAUUGAAUAUUUGAUCAUAUGAGAAUAAAGAGAACAACGGAUUACAUUU